UUGUGAAUUAGGUAGGUAGUGAACUAUAUUAGUGAUGGCCACUGAAAAAAGCAGUACUUCUAAAAAGGAUAAAACAGAAAGACGCAAAUCCAAAACAAACAGAAUAUGCAAGGAUGUGAUGAUAAAUUUAUUAAAAAAAAUGUUUUUCUUAUUUCGUUAUUACUUGGAACAGUUUAUUGAUUUUCUAUUCUCUUUAUACUGGGAUGGUAAACGGCAUGCACUGCCCGAAUUGAGCAAGGAACAUGCCAUACUUAUGGAGAGUGCUGUAACAUUGGCAGAAAAAAUAAGGAAAAAGGAAUUAAAGUCGGAGGAUCUCGUGACUGCAUGUAUUGAAAGAAUUAAACUGGUAAAUCCAAUCCUUAACGCAGUCACAGAUGAGAGAUAUGAAGAAGCGCUUGAAGACGCUCAAGAGGUUGACAAGAUGAUUGAAAACGGAAUGUCCGAAGAGGAAUUCGAAAAGAAACCAUUCCUAGGCGUUCCCUUCACUGCCAAGGAAAGUCACGCUGUUAGCGGUAUGUUACACACUCUCGGAAUACGGGCGCGUAUAUCAGUCCGUGCGAACGAAGACGCGGAGUGCGUGCGUCUCAUGCGAGCCGCCGGCGCUAUACCGGUCGCUGUCACCAAUGUGCCUGAGAUUAACAAAUGGCAAGAAACACGCAACAUGGUGUUUGGUCAGACCAACAAUCCCUACAACACGGGGCACACUACGGGGGGCUCCAGUGGAGGGGAGGCGGCACUCGCGGCCGCUAUCGCUAGUCCCAUAUCUUUAUGUUCCGAUAUUGGUGGUUCAACUCGAAUGCCGGCGUUCUUCUGCGGCUUAUUCGCCCUUAAUCCCACUGCUGGGCAUACAAGUUUAAAAGGUUCAACUCUGCGCUCCGGUGCGGAGCCCACCAUGGCAUCAGUGGGCUUCGUCAGCAAACACUGCUCCGACCUCGCGCCGCUCACUGCGAUCGUCGCAGACCAGCAAGCGCCUCUCCUGCAGCUGGACCGGGUUGUCCCUUUAAAGGAUAUUCAAAUCUACUACAUGGAAACUAUUAAGGAUCUGCGUGUGAGUCCGAUUUGCUCGGAUUUGAGGAAGGCUAUGAAUAAAGUGGUGUCGAACCUGUCGGCGCUGGCGACGUCGACGGAUAGGGCUCCGAAGCCGUACUACCACGAGGGCUUCGACCACUGCUUCUCGCUGUGGAGGCACGCCAUGACGCGCGAGGCGGAGAGAUUCGCCCGCCUGCUCACGGACAACACGGGGGAGGCCGUGGGGCUCGUGGAGUUGGGGAAGAAGGUCAUAGGUCAGUCGGACUACACCGUGGCUGCGAUACUCAAACUGCUUGACGACCAGGUGAUGCCACCCGUGCCGGCGGAGUGGGCGGACAAGCUCACGGAGAGCCUGCGAGAGGAUCUUACUCGCGUGCUGGCGGGCGGCGCGCUGCUGUGUCCGCCGGCGCCGUCGCCCGCGCCGCCGCACGCCGCGCUGCUGCUCCGCCCGUACAACUUCUCGCUGUGGGGCAUCUUCAACGUGCUGAAGUUUCCCGCUGUUCAGGUUCCUCUGGGUCUAAACUCCGAUGGCCUUCCCCUGGGUAUCCAGGUGGUGGCGGCACCGCGACAGGAAGCUCUCUGCUUAGCUGUCGCCAAACAUCUGGAGGAGCAAUUCGGUGGCUUUGUUCCUCCUUGUAAAGUACCUAAAUAAGGCUUCAACGGUUUUAAAUUUUCAAGUGAUUUUUUGAUUUCUACGAUGUAAAUGAAGUGUCGUGUUAUUUGAUUAUUAAAUUCUGAUAUAAUUUAGUUUAUUUUUAAAUUUAUGUUUUAUAUAGAAUGUCAGUUUAUUUUUCCUAAGCGUCUCAAAAUUAAAUGACUGAAAAAGAUAGACUGAUCAAAAAUUUUGUUUCCUAAAAGUUAUCUAUUUAUAAAAGUAUUAUUUAUUGUCGGUGAUGGGUGUUGUAAUUUUAAGAAUAUUUUUUAUAUGAAAAUUUAAACGGUGCUAGAUGAAGUAUAAGUUUAUAAACUUUGUAAUAAAAGAC